AAUGACCGUAAAACUGUUCGUUGUGUUGAGACUGAAAACGUUUGAAAAUUUAAAAUGGCCGAGAUGAAGGACCAGUGUGUACAUCUAGAUGACGUGCUGGAACAGCUGGGGGCCUUCGGACGGUACCAGCUGGUGACCAUGUGCAUGCUGGCACUGGUGUACUCGACCAACUCCAUGUACAAUGUGAAUUAUGUGUUUGCAGUAGAAGAUGUGCAGUACAGAUGCAAAAUCCCUACAUGUGAAGGAUCAAGUGACACGACCUUCUCAGUACCAUGGCUGGGCAACUCCUCGGAGUAUCAGGAAAGUGUGAAGCAAUGUUAUCAUUAUAUACCAGGGAGGAACUGCCGGGAAUUCAACAAUAGCGACGUGGUGCAGUGCAACGAGUGGGUUUACGAAGUACCUAACAGUUUUAUGGCUGAGUUCAAUUUGGCGUGUGAAGAUUGGAAGCAGGCUCUGGUCGGAACUGUGCACAGCUUCGGAAAUAUGUUGGGGCUUCUCCUACAAGGACAGAUAUCAGACAGAUUCGGCAGGAAAACUGCAGCUGUAUUCGCGGGUACGAUGGGGGCCGUACUUGGCUUAACAAAGAGUUUUGCUACGUCGUUUUGGUGGUAUAUUGCAUUAGAAGGACUGGAAGCUGCCAUCGGAGAUGCACUGUCACCUAUGUUUAUGCUCAGUAUCGAAAUUGUGGAGAAAAAGAGAGCAGUGCUGUUCCAAAUGAUACUACUGAACUGUUACACUGGGGGGCUUAUAGUCAUGCCCUUCAUUGCCUGGGCAGUGCCCUACUGGCGCAACUUCUUACGGGUUAUAUACGCCCCGACACUCCUCAUACUUUCCUACUCGUUCUUCUUAGACGAGAGCAUCAGAUGGUUGUUCAGUAAAGGCAGAAGACGUGAAGCCAUCAAGCUGAUAGAAAAAGUGGCAGUACGAAACCAAGUAAAAUUAGAUAAGACGAUGCUGAAUAAACUAGAGUAUAUAGAUGAGGAAACACGAUCAGAACUGAAAGAAAAGAAAUUGCUCUUGAAAACUUUCCGGUCGAAAGUAAUGCUGCAAAGAUUCCUUAUUUGCAUGGUGUGGUGGUUCACAAUUACAUUAAUUAACUACGGAAUGAUGAUCAGCUCUGUGUUUAUAGACGGCAACAAGUACAUUAACUUCGCUCUGCUCAUGUUGAUGGAUAUACCUGCUAAUAUUUUCUAUUGGUUGGCAUUAGCGAAGUAUAAAAGAAAAUUACCACUGUUAACAUCGUUUAUCGUUGGUGGUAUUUUCUGCGUUUGUAAACCUUUCGUUCCUAAAGGUUUCGCGUGGAUAGGUCUGACGUUGUACAUGGCGUUUGAAAUGCUCGCAACAUUUUCGUACAAUAUCGUCUACAUGUAUACAUCGGAGCUGUUCCCAACGUAUACCAGGAACUCGAUGCACUCUAUAUGUUCGGCUGUAGGUAGAAUUGGAUCGCUAGUCGCUCCACAAACUCCAUUAAUGAUAGCGUAUUGGUCGGGGCUACCAACUCUUCUGUUCGGUGUCACAUCUCUUCUGUCGGGGGCGUUGACACUGUGGAUACCAGAAACUGCCAAGACCGAACUACCAAAUACCGUACAUGAAGCUGAGAAUAUUGGGAAAACAUUGCUCAACGAGUCAAACGAAGAGAAUGAAAUGACCAAAUUAUCUCGAUAA